AAACAUUGUUUGCUCCUCAGGACAUACCAUUGUUUGUUCCUCUGCAUACCUAUCUACCACCACGAGCGUUGAACGGCCGGUCAAGAAGUUAUGAACCGACGAUAUGGCGGCGCAUCGUUGCUACUGGGUAAACUGUCCAGCGAGACCCCUUCAGACGGCCCGCGAGCUCUACAACCAUGCCAUAAGUCACGUUGGCAAACGUAGCCUCGAACCUUUCGGCAAACGUAGCUUCGGAAAUCUCAAGUGUCGGUGCGCUUGGAAUAAUUGCGGCCACGAGACACUUUUUCGCUUCGUAUUCGACAAACACAUGAUAGGCCACAUCGACGACCUAAGUUUCAGCUGUUUACGAUCUGGCUGUUACAAGUACUGCGGUAACAAGAAGAGCUUGGCAAGUCACCAGAAGAGAACGGGACAUUGACACACUUCGUACUUGGAGGAGCCGGAGCUAGACUCGAGGCCGGAGUCAGGGCUGAACAUGAGGUUGAAGAUGGACAUUGUAGUCAUUCGUUAGCAAAAUACACAGUCGCGGCUCAACUUGUCUUCUCUCGCACUGGAAUUUUUG